AUCCAAGUUUCCAGCACUUCACAUUCAAUACAAGAGCUAGUGCAUUCACUCCUAGACACAUAUUCAAUAGAAUCAAAGCCUCUCCAAGUCCCAAAUACAUUCCACUCACCUAGUGACUUGAGAGAGAGUUUGUUCGUGUUCUUUGAGCUCUUGUUUCUUGGAUCGCUUUCUUCUUCCUUAUUCUUGUUCUCAAGACACUUAUAAUCAAAGCAAGAGACACCAAGUGUGUGGUGGUUUUUAUGGGGUCUAAGUCACCCGUUUGAUUAAGGACAAAUCUCACUCGGUCUAGGUGACCGUUUGAGAGAGGGAAAAGGUUGAAAGAGACCCGCUCUUUGUGACCACCUCAACGGGGACUAGAUUCUUUAGAACCGAACCUCGGUAAAACAAAUCACCGUGUUCAUCCGCUUUAUUUCUUGGUUGAUUUGUUUUUCCCUCUCUUUCGGACUCAGAUUUAACUCUAACGCUAACCCGACUUGUAGUGUGUGCUUAAUUUUAUAAUUUUCAGAUUCCGCCUAUCCACCCCCUCUAGUCGACUUUCAACAACCCUAUUUAAUAAGGGUCUCUUGAGGAGUCUUAAAGCAUUUAUCUGCAAAAAAUACAUGUAUUGUCUCUAAGCUGUAUUUAUGAUUUAGGAACUCAUGGUUAUACCAUGUUGUUUCUUUGUUAUUUCUUGCACUUAAAAAAUCCUUCUACCGUCUCAGAGUUGUACAUGCUCUUAGUCGUUUCUUAUACUUGAAAAACCUUCGAGUGUCCUCUAGAAAAUUAACCAUCAUGAAGAUUAUCAUUAAAAAACGUAAAAAGAAAAAGGUAAUGCAAUUAUUAUUUCCACGCCUGAACGAGGCAAGGAGUGCGAGCAGCAAUUACUGCUGCUACUCUUGGCUUUAACGCCACUCCUCCUGCCCAAAUUCCCCAGCGGCGGAGGAAUAAAUUCUUCGACCACUGCCGCAAGGAAGGCACCUCCCUUCCCCCUCUCUUCACCGCCGCCGGGAAGGCUACAGCUUCCACUCCAAUCCUUGUCUCCACUUGCCCGCGAUUCCUCUCACCCUCGGCUCACUCACUCAUCCUUGUAUCCACUUGUGUAUCCGCGGCAGCGGCGGCGGCGGCGGCGGCCUCCACUGCACUCCGUCCGGUCUACUCCCUGUCCCUGGUGAUUUCCCCUCCCUCCCUCCCUCCCCUUUUGGCGCGCGUACUUGUGAGGUGAAUUUGCAGAUGGCCGCGCUCGGGAAGCCCGGCCCGCGUUUUGGGUCUCGUCUCUCGUCGAAGAAAAAACGCACCUUUUCAUGAAUUCUGGUGCUACAAUUUUGCGUUGUCCUUGCGGCGACUGCUGGGUCUCCAUAGAUCUGUGUGUGUCUGUGCGGGGGCGAGUUUCCGCAGAAUUCGCGGCAGAUGCUGCGCCCGCGCGGAAAUGGCCCCUCGUGAUUCCUUACCCGUUUAUUGGACUACUUUGAGUGUUCGCCAAAAUUAGGGCCCGACGUUUCGUCGGUGAAUCCUCGAGCUGCUGCCGUCACGUAUGAGGAACUGGAGCGUCGGGGCCGUUGCGGCCUUCGAAUUUGCGCUCUGGAGCUCCGUCUGGUGCUUCCUGGUCGUCUCCGUCACCAGUUUCUGAGCCGGGAUCCUACUCCUCUUCUCGCGCUACUAUCAGUGCAGUGCAGUAGGCCACUGGACUGCUGUCGUGCCGGGGUAGUUGCGGCCAAAGGAACAAGCCACCUUCUCCGAGUUGGAAUUAGGUGCGGCCCUCCGCAUCAAAAGGGCUCGUUUGGUGGGAACUUUCGCUUGCCUACUCGCUGCUGCCUGCUUCGGUGGUCCUCCGUGACGGGGAUUGCUGGAAUUGGGGUUGGAAGGACAUUCUGACUGAAUUGCUCGAGUGAGGGGUGGGGUUUUGGCGCCCGUUGCUUGAGGAUGGAGGAGAGGCCAUCGUCCGAGGCAGGCGCGGGCAACUCGAGGGCCGAGGACGACUUCAGGAGCUGCUGCGGGGAUGAGGAAGAGUGGGAGGACACGGAGGAGUCGUUCACGGCCGGCGUCACCAAGGGGGAGCUGGACGAGGCCUCUGUGCGUCUCUUCUUCAAGGGCGUGUCGAGCCCUGAGGCGGAGGGGAAGAAGCUGUCUGGGAUCGGAGUCGUCAUGGAGAGGUCGCCCGGGGUGCCUGUUCUUAAGGUGCAGAAGAAGCUGGAUUUCUAUGUGGAGGAGCUCGUGGCUGAUCACCUCGCCCUCAUGGAUGGGCUGCUUGUCGCACUGCAGAAUGGGAUCAGGAAGAUCUUCGCCUUUACUAAUUCGGAGAAGCUCUACUUUCAGAUAGCAGAAGCUGAAAUUCUUGAAGACCAGCUUUUGGUAGCUCUAGGACACAGGAUUCUUGAACUGGUGGAUAAGUUGGAAGACUUUGAUUUGAUAUUGCUUCCUAGCUUUGAACUAGAGAGGCCCUUGCAGUUGGCUAAAGAAGCUAUAGGCAUCAGAUAUCUGUCUCCCUACGAGGUUGGUACCUGCCCGAUUUGCCGUGAGGAGAAACUAGGUUCUCAGAUGAUCAAGGCAGGUUGUUCUCACACAUAUUGCUAUAAUUGCCUGACUGGGUAUGUUGAAGAGAAGCUGCUGACCUCGAAGCUGCCUAUAAGGUGUCCACAAUUAAGGUGUAAAUACAUUAUUUCCGCUAGUGAGUGCAACUCGUUCCUUCCAGUUAGCAGCUAUGAUUCCCUGGAGAGAGCAUUUGCAGAAGCUGGCACCUCAGGAAUGGAAAGAUUUUAUUGUCCCUUUCCAAACUGUUCAGUGCUGUUAGACCUUAGUCAGCACUUCUCUAGGGCAAGUUCAUCAAGCCAGUCAGAUCUCAGUUGUGUCGAGUGCCCAGAAUGCCAUAGAGAUAUAUGUAUCAACUGUGGAGUGCCGUGGCACAUCAUGAUGGGCUGUGAUGAGUACCAGAGCUUGCCCGCUGAGGAAAGAGAUGCUGGAGACCUAUCUUUGCAUCGGCUUGCACAGAACAAUAGGUGGAGGCGUUGCCAGAGAUGUCGACGUAUGAUUGAACUGACACAGGGCUGCUUCCAUAUGACUUGCUGGUGUGGGCACGAGUUCUGCUACUCCUGCGGUGCUGACUACGCUAGCGGCGUUCAAACGUGCCAAUGCGUGUUCUGGGACGACGAAGCCAUGGAGCCCUCCUCCGCCGCACGGUCCACCCAAGCAGCGUCCGAGAUCUGGGCGUGGGACACAUUUGACUGCAUGCCGACCGCCGUGGAGGGAUACUCGGAGCAGGAGAGAGCGCAGCUGGCACUCAUCCAGAGGUUCCUCGCCGGGGGGUUCAGCCUGGGUGAGAACCCCUGCCAGUCGCCGCCCCGCUGCGCCGACUCCUACAUCGUCGACACCAUGAAGGACCUCCACCAGCUCCCAUGGCUCGAGCGGUUCGUGUCGGUGAUCAGCGACACGUACAACGAUGACUACAUGCAGUGAAGGGAGGGAGGGAGGGAGAGACAGUUAUAGAUAGCAGUAAAAGAAACGGCACAUACUGAGUCCUCCAUUCAGAAUAAUUUGUUUCCAUGCCCCUGUAGGCAAUUGGCGCAGGGAAAAAUGAUAUGCUUUCAUCAUGAAUACACUGGUGUUGUUUCCUCCAUUGUAUGGUAACCUUCGGCUUCGGUGCUAGUUGUGCAUGGGCACAAGAGUUCUCCAUUUUAUAUGAUUAUGUCCUUAUUUCUUUAAAGUGAGUGUAAUCUCUCUCUCUAUAUGUAUAUCUUCAGAGCUUUCUGAAAUUACUCGUUUUGAAUCAAAUCAGCAGCAUGAGCAACUGCC